AUGGGAAAUGAUACUAUUUCCGGAGGUGGAGAAGGUGUUAGCCCAUAUACUAUCUAUAUCGUUCGCUAUCCAACUCACUUUUCCUAUGGAGAUGAGGUUCGUUUGCAAUGUCUCGUACGACCGGAUCCUACUGAUGUGAUCUACGAAUGGAAGAAGGACGGACAAUUCGUCGGAAGCGAACAGAUAUUGAGGAUACCUGCUUAUAACCCAUCGGAUGCUGGAAAGUAUAGGUGUCGGGCAACCAUUAGGGGUAUCGUUGGAUAUGCAGAGGAAAUUCUCACUUCACCAACUGAUGAUACAAGAGAAUUGGUCAUGAACCCAUCGUUGGUCAACACGAGCGUAUUCAAGCCCUUCCAUAUUGAAUGCGUCUCACAUAGGCUUGGUGCUCGGCCAGCUGUAGUGUUCUCCUCCGGGGCCAACAUCACUCUCGACGGUCAAUUUCAAAUCCAAUAUCCCGACUCCCAGAAGGUUGUUAUCUCCGUACCAAUGGGUCUUUCAGCUGUAUACAACGGCAUGUCUAUUCAAUGUGUUCUCCCGAAUGGUUACUCGAAAGAAACGCGAAUUUUCAUUUAUGAUCCAUGUCCGGCAGGUCAGGUUCGUUGUCUCAGUGGUGAAUGUGUCUCCGGUGACAAGAUCUGCAAUGGCAUCAGUGAUUGCCGAGAUGGUUCGGAUGAAAGUGGACAGUUUUGUUCUGCAAAGCUAGUAGCCAUUCCGGUUAAGCAGGAAGUUCGACCGCUCGAACGGUUCCAAGUGACCUGCCGUUCAACCUCACCUCGUCAAAUUCCAAGUGCUCGGAUUCCCAUGACGGGAAUACUUGUUGAACAAGAUCAGCGUUUCGUAGUAACUCGACCGCGGCCUGAAGAAAUGGUUAUUGUGGCUCCUCAUGGUCUUCCUCAACACAACCAGGCAAUUCUAAUAGAAUGCUUCUUUCCAAACGAAGGAACUCGAACAGCCCUGGUGACGUUGAAUGCUACAGAAGUAAUUCAACCCUGUCCUGGAGGUUUUCUUUGUCGUGAUGGAACCUGCUUACCCCCAUGGCAACGCUGUGAUGGGCGUGUUAACUGCUUGGAUGGUUCAGAUGAAGUCAAUUGUCCGCCCCCUGUUGUGACAUGUCGACCUGAUGAAUUUAGGUGUUCGAAUGGACAGUGUGUACCUGCGUCUAGUCGGUGCGAUGGCCGAAUCGAAUGCUUGGACGGGUCUGAUGAGUCUGGUUGUCCUCCUCCAAUAGUCACUUGUCGACCAGGAGAAUUUAGAUGUUCAAAUGGACAAUGUAUCCAAGGUGCACAAAGAUGUGAUGGUCGAUACGAUUGUUCUGAUAGAUCUGAUGAAGCCAAUUGCCCACCUAUUGAAAGGCCAUGUCGAUCGGAUGAAUUCCGGUGUUCCAAUGGACAGUGUGUACCUACUUAUAGCCGUUGUGAUGGCCGAUAUGACUGUCCAGACGGAUCUGAUGAAUCUGACUGUAGAGGUGUGACAAUCGAACCCGAUAGGAUAGUUCGCCGACCCUGGGAACCAUUCAGUUUCACUUGCACGGCACCAACUGGAAAACGUCCACUUGUAGUUGUUGGAGGAACGAGUAUGCGAUUUGAGGAAUUACCCGGUUUCAGUGUGAAUCGACCUUCAAUAAAUACAAUUAGAGUCACUGCAACUCGAGGUCUUCGAGAAAUUUUUGGCAAUUUGACGUUUGAAUGCUUCUUUGAGGGUGGUGAUCGUGGGCAUAUAAACGUCUUCAUUUUACCGACUUGUCCAACAGGAAUGCACAGCUGUAGAGAUGGAACCUGCUUUCCAGGAUACCAACUUUGCAAUAGUGUCAAUGAUUGCCGAGAUGGUUCUGAUGAGGAUUUAGAGUAUUGUGAAAAAUAUGCUCCUCCUAGUGCGGGUCAAAAUAUCACAAUCCCUCCACGACGACCGUUUGAAUUUGCCUGUUCAGCUCCUGAAGGCUCACGACCUGUUGUUAUAAUUCCAAGUUUGGACAAUCUCAAUAUUGAAAAUGACAUGCGAUUCGUCGUGACUCGUCCUUUACCCAACACAAUGCGAGUGAAGGCUAUCUAUGGAUUGUCAGAGGCUGAUAAUGGUAUCUCUUUCGUGCCUGAGGCCACUGGUUCUGUGCCUUCGAAGCACAAGUGCAUUCUAGUGAGUAUAAUGGUCGGUCAAGCCAACUUAGUCUAA